ACCUCCUCUUCCAGGUUAAGCGAGAAAGGCCGCAAUUGGAGGCUUGAGCGGUGACGUGACUUUCCGCUUUGGCUGGCCUUCCGCUUGGACUGCUCUCAGGAGGGGCUCGGGGAACAUUUAGCGGGCCUCCCCGGUCCCUCGGCCCGUGCAAGUGAGAUGAGGUCGGUUAGCUACGUGCAACGCGUGGCCCUGGAAUUUAGCGGGAGCCUCUUUCCGCACGCGAUCUGCCUCGGAGACGUCGAUAACGAUACGUUAAAUGAAUUGGUGGUGGGGGACACCAGCGGGAAGCUGUUUGUGUAUAAGAAUGAUGACAGCCGGCCGUGGCUCACCUGUUCCUGCCAGGGCAUGCUGACUUGUGUUGGGGUUGGAGAUGUUUGUAAUAAAGGAAAGAACCUGGUGGUGGCGGUGAGUGCUGAGGGAUGGUUUCACCUGUGUGACCUGACGCCUACCAAGGCCCUGGAUGCUUCUGGGCACCACGAGACCCUAAUGGGAGAGGAGCAGCAUCCAGUCUUCAAGCAGCACAUCCCUGCCAACACCAAGGUCAUGCUGAUCAGCGACAUCGAUGGAGAUGGGUGUUGUGAGCUGGUGGUCGGUUACACGGACCGUGUGGUACGGGCUUUCCGCUGGGAAGAUCUGGGUGAAGGCACUGAACAUCCAACAGGGCAGCUGGUGUCACUCAAGAAGUGGACACUGGAGGGUCAGGUGGACAGUCUUUCAGUGACUCCAGGGCCCUUGGGUGUUCCUGAACUGAUGGUGUCUCAGCCGGGCUGUGCUUACGCCAUUCUCCUGUGUACCUGGAACAAGGACACCGGGCCCCCUCCCACCUCUGAGGGGGCCCCGGAGGGCAGCAGGGAGGCCCCGGCUGCCCGAGAUGUCAUGUUGCACCAGACUUCCGGCCGCAUCCACAACAAGAAUGUCUCCACCCACCUCAUUGGCAACAUCAAACGAGGCCACAACUCUGAGAUGGGUGGCUCCGGCCUCUUUGCCCUCUGCACCCUGGAUGGGACGCUGAAGCUCAUGGAGGAAGCGGACAAGCUGCUGUGGUCAGUGCAGGUGGAUCAUCAGCUUUUUGCCCUAGAGAAACUGGAUGUCACGGGCAAUGGGCAUGAGGAGGUGGUUGCCUGUGCCUGGGAUGGACAGACGUAUAUCAUUGAUCACAACCGCACCGUCGUCCGCUUCCAAGUGGACGAGAAUAUCCGAGCCUUCUGUGCAGGCCUGUAUGCCUGCAAGGAGGGCCGCAACAGCCCCUGCCUCGUGUACGUCACGUUCAACCAGAAGAUCUAUGUGUACUGGGAGGUGCAGCUUGAGCGGAUGGAGUCGACCAAUCUGCUGAAGCUGCUGGAGGCUGAGCCAGAGUUCCAGAGCCUGCUGCAGGAGCUGGGCGUGGAUCCUGAUGACCUCCCAGCUGUCCGCGCCCUGCUUCACCAAACCCUCUACCAUCCAGACCAGCCCCCACAAUGUGCUCCUGCAAGCCUCCACGAUCCCACCUAGCUGGACUUGCCCUCUUAGCUGAAGAAGGAGCCUCCUGAACCAACCCACCCCCCAAGAUCCCAGAGUUGAUGUUGUGAUGGAAGUCAGAGAAAAAAAGUCACAUCUUCAAAACAAGGAUGCUUGAACCAUCCCUCGCCUGAAACCACCUUCACUCCAUCUGGUCAAUUUACUAAGUUCUGCCAGCUUUGUCUCCUGUAUUUAUAGAGUCCAACCCUGCUUUGUACUACUGCCUUUAUUCAAGCCUCAGCUCAGCUGUCCGGGAUCACUGGACCACCUCCCUAAGUUCCUAAGAACUGGCCUCCAGUACUGCUGUCUCUCAGAUACACCUGCUUGAAGCCAGUGAUUAUCUAAAACCCUUGCUACUCGGGUGCUUGAGUGGCUCAGUCGGUUAAGGGUCUAACUCUGGAUUUCAGCUCAGGUCGUGAUCUCACAGUUCGUGAGUUCGAGCCCCAUGUCAGACUCUGCACUGACGAUGUGGAGCCUGCUUGGGAUUCUUUCUCUCCCCCUCUCUCUACCCCUCCCCAGCUCAGGCUCACGCUCUCUCUCAGAAUAAAUGAAUAAACUUAAGAAAAAUAAAGCCCUUGCUACUCAAAGUGUGGUCCUCAGAUAUGUAGCUUUAACAUCACUUGCCAUCACUUGGAAGCUUGUUAGAAAUGCAGAAUCAUGACCUACUGAAUCAGAAGCUUCAUUCUAAUAAGAUGCCCUGAUGAUUCGUGUGCAUGUUAAAGUCUGAGAAGCAGAAAAGGAAAACAAAACUAACCAUAUUACUCCUGUUUAAACUCCCAUCAAAGCAUGCCUGCUUCCUGUUGCAUGAUAAAGCCCAAACUUUCAGGGGAUGCACAGCCCAGAUGACCUGGUCACGGCCUCGUCCUCAGCCUUGUCCUUCUCGCUGCCUAUCUGCCCCCAUUGACCCUACUUGUACCGCUUGUACCAGGCUGCUUGCUCCUGGCCUCCACACAUUUGCUCCUGUUCAACCCCCUUCCUGAGACGACUCUCAUUCUUCUGUGGGCCAGACUGGAUGACUGGUUCAACGUACUUUGUUCCGGAGCUACUCUUUAUUUGGGAGAGAGGUUUUUGUCUAAGUCUGGAAUUCCAUGUGUGUCCUAUAAUUAACACAGGGUUUACCUCCUCCAGGAAGCCCUCUCUGACCUCUUUGUACUCUUCAUUCCACACGCCAGGCUGGGGCCAGCAUCCCUUCUCUUAGCUCCCUUUGUCAUGCUUCUCACAGUUGUUAUUUGUGGCUUUUACUCUCCCAUUAGCCUAGAGAGCCUGUGACAUCAGAUCUUUAUACCCCAAGGCUUAGCUUAACAUACAGUAGGCA